UUAGUGCCAAAGUCCAAGGGCCGGAGCACCGAAUUGCCGCAGGGCGUUGUCGUCCUCACAUCUGGGCACCAAGGCACGAAGACGACAAUCAAUCUCAGCGCUCUCGCUUGCCGACGUCGUACCGGUGAAGCGGACUGCCUGCAGAGCCCGGCCUUGGUCUUGUGCUGCUUUGGACUUCUCACCGUGCACGGCUGUAGUCAAGGCGAAGGCCACGAUGAGGCCCAUCAUCAUCUUCAUUGCAGGAGCCUCAGG